GACCUAAAUAUUUAUUAGUUUCACCUAUCCCGACUCAGCAUCAUUGCCGAAAAUGCUAAAGGGAAGCACACUGAAAGCCCUAGAUGUCAGAAUUCUAAGGCCCUUGAUUGAAAUAAGGUCAGCAGGUAAACGUAAAUUACAUAACCCUGACGGGCGGCACGCCUGUAAUAUUCUUAAUAUCAAAAUUGACCGAGUUCUUUUGUGCUUUGGCUGCUUCUUUCGUUGCAGAGGUUCCCAGCAGCACAAUUUCGGCAGCAGCACACACAGGUCCUACAUAACUUUCAAUGACCUCCGCAACAAGAACCGACGGUACACCAAGAAGGAACUCGUGGGGUACUCCAUGCAGGAAAUGUACGACGUGGUGUCCGAUGUGAGCAACUAUUACCGAUUUGUGCCAUAUGUAAAGCGGUCGGAUGUGCACACUCAGGACAACUCUGGGUUCAAGGCGGACUUAAUUGUUGGUUUUCCGCCCCUUAACGAGGCCUACACGUCUCGGGUCUCCUUGAACCCGCCGCAAUUGGUCAGAUCGGAGUGCCAUGAUGGACGACUUUUCAACUACCUGCUGAACGAGUGGCGCUUCAGUCCCGGCCUAAAGGACAUACCCGACUCCUGCGUACUGGACUUUAAAGUAACUUUCGAGUUUAAAUCACUGUUGCACAGCAAUGUGGCCAAUAUCUUCUUUGACCUCAUCUGUGACCAAAUGGAGAACGCGUUCAUCCAGGAAGUGCGCCGGCGGAACGGACCGCCCUCGAUUCGGUCCCAUGUGCUUACCUCAAACAGAUCCUGAUGGUUUCUAAAUCACAAGCCCAUGCAUAACCCCUAGAAUUGUAGUCGUUUUAGAGAUUUAAGUUGAACGUGUAUUUGUACAUUUCUUUGACGACAAAGAAGUUAAAUCCCUUGUUAGUACAAUUAACCAAAAUUGUAAAUAAAUUGCCUGCCGAGUCUA